AUGUAUAGGAGUGUAGAAUGUAAGUCAAUUCUUUUUCAUUUUAGAUAUUCCCAUUGGAUGGGAAGUAUGACUCUUCAAACGCAAAAUACACAUCGGUUUGCUUUUCUUGAAGUUCCGGUUGUGUUUGUCCAAAGAGAAAGACAAUGCCCUGUUGAUAAAAUAUAUGAAAGCAUCAACAUUCGAAAAGAAAUCAGUAUCAAGAAACCAAUAUCCAAUAAUGUCAAAGUAUUCUUGAGGUUAAUUGAAGAAUGUCAUGUCGAGAAAGACCAUGAUAUUUUUAGAGCGUGGUGCCAGUUCUCUAUAUUAAAAUAUUAUACACUGUCCCCAUAUUCUUCUGGAAUAUCUGGAUUAUUUCUGACGCAAUUCCGUACUGUAUCUCGUGAGAAAAGCACGUCCACCCUGUCCAUUGAUUCAAGGGCUAUAUUCUUUUGUGUUUGGGUAGAUCAUGAGAAUGCUGAAGCAACUAUGCAAAUGCAAUAUUUCAAAACCUUUCUAAUAACUAGUAAUCUCGAUCUGAAAACCACUGCAAUAAACAGUUUUCUCACUACAAGUGCAAUUAUGCUCGUUAUUCCAUUCCUGGAUAGAUUUUUUUUCCUUGGCGCAGUUAAGCAAGCUUUAAAUUAA